GUAUUUUUUAAAACACUACAUAACAUUCUCUUAUUCAUUUUGUUUUUGUUGAGGAAGUUUUUAUUUUAAAAUUUUAGAACCAUGCAAUGUAUUAAACUUUAUAGAAUUAACAACAAUUUGAAACUCUUUUAAGUGUUGUGACAAAAAAAAAAAACUCUAUUUUGUUAAAAAAGAGUCACCAAUAAUGGUUGUGAUGAGUCUAAGACAACUGACUCAGGAACAAACUUCGAAGUAAAUAAAUAGGCGUUGAGUCCAGAAUAUUAUAGUAGAUAUAAACCAAUAUUGUCAGAGAAAAUAUGGCUCAGGCCACUGGAAAAGUGUGUGUGACAGGAGCCGGGGGCUACCUUGUCUCUUGGGUUGUCAAGCAACUUCUCUCCAACAACUACACAGUCCAUGGCACCGUUAGACAGCCUGAGAAUGCCAAAUAUGCCCAUUUGAAUCAACUUGAGGGAGCAUCCCACAACCUCCAACUCUUCAAGGCUGAUCUUCUUGAUUACGAUUCUCUUUGUUCCGCCAUUGCUGGCUGCACCGGUGUCUUCCAUGAUGCCUCUCCUGUUCCCACCACCGUUGUUUCGAAUCCUCGGGUGGAAGUGAUUGAACCGGCCGUAAAGGGCACACUUAAUGUGCUUAAAGUAUGUGUUGAAACCAAGGUUAAACGAGUUAUUGUUGUGUCCUCUAGAGGUGCUGUUGCAUUCAACCCUAGGUGGCUGGUGGGUCAAAUCAAGGAUGAGGCUUGUUGGCAGAGACUGAAGGAAGGUACAUAUGCAUGGCUCCUCAGAAGUAUAUUCCCUCAAUACGAUUAUCCUAAAAGAUUUAUUGAGGGAGGGGAGGAAGAUAUUCUUAGUUCAGAAAAAUUACAGAGGCUGGGUUGGAGCUAUCGGCCCUCGGAAGAAACUCUUGUGGAUGCCAUUGGGAGCUAUAAGAAGACUGGAAUUGUUGUUCCAAUAGGGUCGAAAGCGUGUAAAUUAUUGUACUAAAAAUCACACAAAGUUCAAUUCCUAGAGAAGAGAGGUGGAUCACAAGGAUCUUUUAAAUACCAAGUCUUUCCUUAGUCAGAA